AUGGAAGACCAGCUCUGGAAUGAUGUCUUAGGGUGUUGUAAUCCACACCAAGAAAGCCCCCAGGACACUAAGGACUUCCUCCUCCUGCUGCUGGGCCUCAUCCUUCUUGUCAACACUGGAAUCAACAUGGCAGUUGUGAUGUGGCAGAGGCUCCAGAAUGCCUUAAACAAGAUGACCUGUUGGAUUAAUCAGAAAAAUGACACCAUCCAGUCUGGUCAAAACUCUCCCAAAGAUCCAAUGCAGGACCCAGCCAGGGAUGUCCACAUUUACUGCACCCUGGACCCUGUUGAGGUGAAAAUGGCCCAAUCCACACACUGCUCUUCUUCCUACCAUCUUCGCAACCACAACCCUCGCCACCAUCGCCAUGGCCGCCACCGCCACCAUCAAUACGGCUGCAACCACCAGCAGAGGUCAGAGAACCACAGACAAUUCCGCCAGGGUCACCUACUCUACCGUGGUCAUCGAAGCCACAAGAUGUCACAUCUGCGACCAAUACCUUCUUUGAAUCCAGAAGACCAGGAUUCCCAUCUGGAGGAUGAGGACGACCUCUCUUUCCCACAUUCCAAAUACCCACAAGGGGUCUGGGGAGGAUACUAUCAGAGGUUGGGCCUGCCCUCCAACCUGGGACUAUGGGGCCGCCAGCGAGGCAUCCUGACCAGCCUGCCCCCACCCUCUCUGUACAUUUCCCCUGAGCUGUGCCACAUACCCAAGCGUGUGGAAGCCAAGUCAGAGCUGAGGCUGCAGGCCUAUGGCCCCCACCGCUCACAAUCCCACAUUUGGGGCAACGUGGAGGCUGAACACAGGACUUCAUCUUUACAACCUUCCCGCCGACCACCCCCUUCCUGGGCCCCAAGGGGACAUAGCCGGCACCCCUCUCGCGGCCACCUGUUGUAUGACUCCUGGGAGCAGCGGCGACGUGAACUAGAGUGCUCUGAGUCUCCACCUGCCCUAGUAUCCCAGAACUCCACCAGGCCUGAAGCCCAGGGCUAUAGGGAUCACUAUUUCCCACAGUCCCACCAGCGAGGCUUUCCUAGCCAUGUUUACAGCCAGCCCAACCGCAGCCCUCACCCAUCCACAGGACACUUGACUUAUAACUCAAGGGAUCCUCACGAGGUUCGGCGCCGGAUGGCUGAAUGGAGUGAGACUCUGCCCACUAGGCAUGCUCUGACCACCUCCACCUCCCUCACCAUGUUGGGUGAGGCCUUAUACCAACAUGGCCCAGCUCCUGGCUCAACUCUGUUCCACCGUUCCUCCCAGCCCCUUCCUGUGGUUCAGGUUGCUGAGCCCACCCCAGCUCCGGUCACCUUCAUCCCACUCAGCAGGAACCCAGGGGGCAAUGCCAACUACCAGGUGUACGACAGCCUAGAGCUGAAGCGGCAAGUGCAAGAGAGCCGAAUGCAGUCGACUUCAUUACCACCACCUUCCACUUCGCCCUCAAGACCCUCUCUGCACAGAAGCCGGGCUGGGAAACUUAGCUGA